AUGCAGGCCAUCAAGUGUGUGGUGGUGGGAGACGGUGCUGUAGGUAAAACAUGCCUACUCAUCAGUUACACAACCAGUGCUUUUCCUGGAGAAUACAUCCCCACUGUCUUUGACAACUACUCUGCUAAUGUAAUGGUCGAUGGAAAACCAGUGAACCUGGGUUUAAGGAAUAUAGCUGGACAAGAGGACUAUGACAGAUUACGUCCAUUAUCAUAUCAUGACUGUGUUGCACAUAUGAAAAUUGGAUUUGAUGAACUUGAACCAGAGGACAUUCAUGAGUUGAUCGAUUCCAACAGGGAGGAAUUGAGCAAUGAGGACCUCAUUCAAAUAGAACAGCAGAGAAGCCAUGAAGAGGAGGAAGAUGCUGAGGAAGAUGUUCAGCCAGCAAGGGCCUUAACCAGCAAAGGCAUAGCUGAAGUUUUUAAACAUUUUGAAGCUUUUCUUUCCUACUUUGAAGAGAAUGACCCUGACAAGCCCUAA